UCUCACACACACUACAAACACAAGAAGAGAAAAAACAAACACACACACACACACACAACAAUGAGUGAGAAGGUAGAAAAUGAGAAAGAAGAGAAGGAAGAGAGAGAGAUGGUUGAUCAUUGGAACCACGAGCAUCCACUUAAAUUGGUGGAUGCUCCAGCUGGUCCUGGAGGAAGAUUUUGUUAUGGGUGUCUAACACAUAUUAGAAGAGGAGAGAAAGGUUAUAGAUGUAGCCAGGAAUGUGGGUAUGAUGUGAUACUACAUGAAGAAUGUGCAGAGGCGCCGAGGAAGAUCAGACACGCAUUGCACCCUCAACACACACUCACUCAACAAUUCAACCUUGACGACAUGGAAGGAGGCCACUGUUCAAUCUGCCAAAAGCAUGUCCUAGGAAUUUUCUACAGAUGUACGAGCGCAGAAUGUACACUUGUGAUGCACAUCAGAUGCGCACAGGGAAGCGACAUGAUGUAUGCAGCAGAAGGUGACAAGCGCACCAUACACCAUCCGAGUCAUCCCGACCAUGAACUGAAGUUGUGGAGGAGAAGUUGUUCAUUCAAGUGCGAUGCUUGUGGCACCACAGGCGCCAAAGGGAGUUCCUACACGUGCACCGAUGAUGCUUGUGAAUAUUGGAUCCAUGAGAGAUGUGCUUCCUUGCCUCAGAAUAUCCAAAGGGAAGAUCACAAUCACUCCUUGUCUCUCUCUUUUCAUGUCCCACCUCAAUAUCUCAAAUAUGACUACAGUUGUGAUGUCUGCAGAAAAAGAUUGUUAUCCAAACAUUGGAUUUAUCAUUGUGAGCUUUGCAGCUAUGUUGUCCAUCUCACCUGCGCCUUUGACAAAUUGCUCCUCACCAAUCGAGAGAAAGGGAUUAUGGAGUUUCCAAUAAAUGAUGGGGCGGACCUAAUUGGAGCUUUCCUAAGGAGACAAGGAGUUGACACACAUUCACUCAUCCUUCAUCAUGAUGUUGUUGAUUAUGAGUUCCACCAUCACAAACUCAGAUUAGUCUCCUCCUCCUCAUCAUUUCAAGAAGAAGAAAAUGGUGAUGACGAUGAUGAUGAGGAAGACUACUCUUGUAGAAAAUCAGAGUUAAUAUGUGAUGGGUGCAUUACUCCGAUACUUAUGAAACAAUCACCAUCAUCUUCUUCAGGUAGUAAAGAUUACUACUACAUGAGAUGUAGCAUCAGCUCAUGCGAAUACUAUCUUCACUUGGCGUGCUUUCAAUUGCCAACUCAGCUCUCUUCUCUUCCUCUUCUCCACAAACAUGAUCACAGCUUUGUCCUUCAAUCCGGUGACAAUCGUAAACCAUGGCGGUGGUCCAUUUGCGGCGUCUGUGGCACAUUUACUAAUGGUUUGUUUUAUGGCUGUACAAAAUGUGAUUAUGGCUUCACAGUAGAUAUAAAGUGUGCUUCAAUGCCGGAAACCAUAUAUCACGCAGCUCACCCUCCACACCCCCUCAACCUUCUCUCCCCAGAAGAUACUGAGAUACGAGCUUUCGAUACAUGUGAUGGCUGUAAUGGCCUCAUCUGGGGUGCUAAUAAUAGCUAUGCAUGCGGCACCUCUGAUUUCAUCGUCCACUUUCAAUGCGCGGUGCUGCCGGCAUCAUCCACCAGCCGUAGAUGGGACAAGCACCACCCGCUGCCUUUGACUCACGACGCCACUCUAAACCAUCCCGGUGAUUUCUACUGCAAUCAAUGCGAGCAAGAAAUGAAUCCAAAGAGUUGGAUGUAUCACUGCCGCAGCUGCGACAUAUCCUUCCAUCCGGAGUGCCUCAAAACUACAUCCGGCGGGUUUAGAAACAUCAAGUUUGGUCAAAAAUAUGUGAUCGAGGGAGCUCACUGCCACACACUCACCUAUCAAAUUCUCACUACAAAACGCCACUGCGACCUUUGCUGUUAUGAUAUGCAUGAACGUCUUGGAUUUUACUGUGCAUCAUGCAUCUUCUUCAUUUGUUUCGAACCCUGCGGUCAAAAAAUGAUCGAAGAUGGCAACAUUAAGGCCGUAGAAAAUGAGAUAAAAGAGGAGAGAGAGAUGGUUGAUCAUUGGAUCCACGAGCAUCCACUUACUUUGGUGAGAUCUCGUGGAGGAGAAUACUGUUAUGGGUGUCUAACGUAUUAUAGAAGAGGAGAGAAAGGUUAUGGGUGUAGCCAGAAAUGUGGGUAUGCAGAGCUACUACAUGAAGACUGUGCAGAGGCGCCGAGGAAGAUCAGGCACGCAAUGCACCCUCAGCACACACUCACUCAACAGUUCAGCCUUUUCGGCGUGGAAGGAGGCCGCUGUCCAAUCUGCCAAUGGUAUGUCUGGGGAAUUUACUACAGAUGUACGAGCGCAGAAUGCACAAUUUUGAUGCAUUCCAGAUGCGCGCAGGGCAGCGACAUGAUGUAUGCAGCCGAGUGUGACAAGCGCACCAUACACCAUCCGAGUCACCCUGAGCAUCAACUCUUGUUCCUGAGGAGAAGUUGUUCCUUCAAGUGCGAUGCUUGUGGCACCACAGGCGCCAAGGGGAGUUCCUACUUGUGUACCAAUGAUGAUUGUGAGUAUUGGAUCCAUGAGAGAUGUGCUUCCUUGCCACAGAAUAUUCAAAGGGAGGAACACAAUCACUCCCUGUCUCUCUCUUUCCAUGUCCCUCCUCAAUAUCUCAGACAUAAAUACCAUUGUGAUGUCUGCAGAAAAAGAUUAGUAACCAAAAAUUGGGUGUAUCAUUGUGAGCUUUGCAGCUACGUUGUCCAUCUCACCUGCGCCUUCAAGAAAUCGCUCCUCACCACUCGAGAGAAGGGGAUUAUGGAGUUUCCAAUAAGUGAUGUGGCUGUGGGUGAGGACCUAAUUGGAGAUUUUGUAAGGAGACAAGGAGUUGAUACACGUACAAAUACACUCAUCCUUGAUCAUCAAGAUGGUGUUGAUUAUAAGUUUCACAAUCACAAACUCAGAUUAGUCUCCUCAUCAUCACCAUCAUUUCAAGAAGAAGAAGAUGAAGAAAAUAGUGAUGAUGAUGAUGAGGAAGACUACUCUUGUAGAAAAUCGGAGUUAAUAUGUGAUGGGUGCAUUACUCCGAUAGUUCUGAAACAAGCAUCAUCAUCCCCGUCUUCUUCUUCUUGUUCCAGUAGUAGUAGCAGUAAUGAAGAUUACUGCUACUACUACAUGAGAUGUAGCAUAAGAUCAUGCAAAUACUAUCUCCACUUGGCUUGCUUCUGCUUGCCACCUCAGCUCUCCUCUCUUCCUCUCAUCCACAAUCACAGCCUUGUCCUUCAAUCCGGUGACAAACUUAAACCAUGGAAAUGGCAAGAAUGCAGCAUCUGCCGUAAAGAUACGAAUGGUCUGUAUUAUGACUGUACAAAAUGCUAUAGCUUCAAAGUAGAUAUAAAGUGCGCUUCAAUGCCGGACACUAUAUAUCAUGCAGCUCACCCUCCACACCCCCUCAACCUUCUCUCCAAAGAAGAUACUAGGACACGAGAUAACCUUAAAUGUGAUGGCUGUCCUGAUUCCUUCUUUGUUGCUUGUAAUAGCUAUGCAUGCGGCAGCUGUGAUUUCAUGGUGCACUUUAAAUGCGCGAUUUUGCCAGCAUCAACCACCAGCCGCAGAUGGGACAAUAACCACCCGCUUCCUUUGAUGCACGACGCCACUGUAAACCGUCCCGGUGAUUUCUACUGCAAUCGAUGCGAGCAAGAUAUGAAUCCCAAAAGCUGGAUGUAUCACUGCCGCAGCUGCGAUAUAUCCUUCCAUCCGAGAUGUCUUGUCACUACAUCCGGCUGGUUUAGAAACAUCAAGUUUGGUCAAAAAUAUGUGAUCACCGGAGCUCACUGCCACACACUCACCUUUCAAAUUCUCACUACCAAACGCAGCUGCGAUGUUUGUCGUUACCCUCGGCAUGAAUCACUUGGAUUUUACUGUGCAUCGUGCGUCUUCUUCAUUUGUUUCCACUCCUGCGGAGAAAAAAUGAUCAAAAAAGGCAACGUUGAGGCCGUGGAUUGAAAAAAAAACAAGCUCAAUGUUUAGUAGACUUAUGUUUUUCAUACUGCAUUUAUUUGAGUGUGUUUGCCUUUCAAAUAAUGAAGAGUGUAGCUUGCCCUUCAAAUACUGAAAAUUUUUACUUCUU